AUGGCCAUCAAGAAGGUGCUCGUGGCCGCUGGCCUCUUGCUGGGGUCUGCUAAAGCCAUAACAGUCGAGGGCAUGCUUGCUGCACCUCGCAGGAGCACUGGUAACUUGAGCCCCAAGGGAGACCGUGCUUUGUUCUCCGAGACGAAAUUCAACUGGACGUCUGAAAAGUCCAGCACUUCUUGGUACUUCAUUGACACCGAGUCUGGAAACAUCACCAAAGCGCCCUUCGGAAGCGAUGCCUCGGAGGUUGUGUGGGUCGGUGACACUGCGGACAGCAUUCUCUACCUCAACGCAACCAACGAGGAAAUUCCCGGAGGUGUCACUCUGUACACUGCUGAUCUCAGUGGCGACUCUUUCGAGCCAACUUUGGUAGCAUCUCUACAUGCUCCUCUUUCUGGAUUGAAGGCUGUCAAAACCGAGUCAGGCAUCAACUUUGUUGGCAAUUGCCUCUCAUACGAAAGCAAUGGAACCGCAUACAACCCCGAACUUGUCACAGCCCCGAAGAGUCUCGGACAGUUAUACGACAGUAACUUUGUAAGGCAUUGGGAUUACUACAUCACUGCCGAGCGUGUUGCUGUCUUCAGCGGAGUUCUGAACGGCGGCAACGGAAGCUACAGCUAUGGUGGAGAGCUCAAGAACCUGUUGUACGGCAUGAACUACACUGUGACGCGCCCAGAGAGCCCUGUCCAGGGUUCCUCAAGCGACCCGGGUGACUAUGAUCUGUCUCCCGAUGGUAGCAUGGUUGCUUUCCGUACCAAAUCCCCAGAUCUCCCCAAGGCAAACUACACAGCUAGCUACAUCUACGUUGCUCCAUUUGACGGAUCCGCGGUCGCUGUACCAAUUAACGGACCUGGCACUACUGCCCCUGAGACAGCUCAGGGUGCAUCUGGUGCUCCUGUUUGGUCGCAUGACGGCAGCAAGCUGGCAUACACACAGCAAGAUGGCAUCGAUUACGAAUCAGACAAAUACAAGCUGUACGUUGCGGAGAUUGAUGGUAUGAACAGCAAAGUCCGCUCCGUCGCUGAAGACUGGGAUUCCAGCCCGACCGGUCUCCAAUGGAGUCCUGAUGAUGUCGAUCUUUGGGUCACUUCCGAGUUGCACGCUUCUGUUCGCUUAUGGCUUGUUCCCGAAGACGCGCCAGCCGACUUCACACCCGUCAACUUUACCGGUCCUGAUACAGUGCUUUCCGACUUCGGUGUUCUACCCGACGGCAGUGCUUUCGUCUCAGCAGCGGCUUCCUGGACCAGCCGGAUGUUCUACAAACAAUACCCUGGCCAGGACAAGCAUGUCCUCUUCACUGCCAACGAAGUUGAUCCAGAGCUGGAGGGUCUCAAGCCAGACUCUGUAUCGAAUUUCUGGGUCACCAACGAUGACGGCGACGAUAUCCAGACCUUUGUCUUCUACCCCACUGACUUUGACCCAAGCAAGAAGUACCCUCUGGCGUUCGUUAUCCACGGUGGACCACAAUCUACUCAGGGAGACAACUGGAGCGUACGAUGGAACUUGAGAACUUGGGCAGAUCAGGGCUUCGUUGUUACUGCAACGCAAUUCACCGGAUCGCCAUCUUACAGCCAAGCCUUCACGGAUAAGAUUCAAGCUAACUGGGGCGGAACUCCUUACACUGAUCUCGUCAAGGUCUUUGAGCACCUCCGCGACAAUGUCGACUAUGUCGAUACCGACCGUGCCAUUGCCGCCGGCGCAUCAUUCGGCUGCUACAUGACAAACUGGGUGCAAGGCCAUGACCUAGGCCGCGAGUUCAAAGCCCUCGUCUGCCACGACGGAAAGAUCAACCAAGUCGGUUCCUACGCCACCGAGGAGCUAUGGUUCAUCCAACGCGACAACAACGGCACAGUCUGGAACGACCGCGCCAACUACGAACUCUGGGAUCCUCUUGCCCACUUCGCCAAUGCCAGCACCCCCGAGUUCAUCAUCCACAACGACCUUGAUUACCGUGUUGUGCAGGCCGAGGGACUGCAGACGUUCAACAUCUUGCAGAGUUUGGGUGUGCCGUCGCGCUUCUUGCAUUUCCCCGAUGAGGGCCAUUGGGUUACAAGCAGGCAGAACAGUCUUCUCUGGCACAAGUCCAUCUUCAACUGGAUCAGGUACUACGUCGGAUUGGAAGAGGAACUUUCGAUGGAUGGCGUCAUCACGCAGUAA